AGGUUUACGAACGGUUCCCUUCCCAACCCCUACCCUAAGUUGCUAGAGUUUGAUUCCGUGAACAAAAUGUAAACACUUAAUGUAAUUAAAUGUUAUCUGCUUUGAAGUAUGUUGUAUAACUUUUAGUUAACUAAUCCCAUUACUCUAACCUUUCUUCGUAGGUUGAGAAUUAUUGAUAUCCUCUAGUUUGAGGAACGCACAAUGGCUAAUACUCCACCAAAUGGAGGAGGAAAUAACUAUAGUUUCAAGGUAGUGUUAUUGGGAGAGGGGUGUGUUGGUAAAACGUCUGUUGUGUUACGAUAUGUGGAAGACAAAUUCAACGAGAGGCAUUUAACAACAUUACAGGCAUCAUUUCUAAAUAAAAAGCUGAACCUUUCUGGCAAAAGGGUUAACUUGGCAAUAUGGGACACAGCUGGGCAAGAGAGGUUUCAUGCCCUAGGUCCUAUCUACUACCGAAUGUCGAAUGGUGCUAUAUUAGUGUAUGAUAUCACUGAUGAGGACUCCUUCCAAAAAGUUAAAAACUGGGUGAAGGAGUUGAAGAAGAUGCUUGGUAGUGACAUUUGUUUGGUGAUUGCCGGCAAUAAAAUUGACUUGGAGAAGCAAAGAACAGUUCCAGUAGCAGAUGCUGAAGAAUACUCUAAGUCUGUCGGUGCGACUCAUUUUCACACGUCAGCAAAGCUGAACAAAGGAAUAGAGGAGAUGUUUUUGGAACUGAGCAAGCAGAUGAUGGAGCGAGCGCAGGAGAGUGAUGUACAGAAAGCCAACAUUCUGGGACGGACGAGCAGCAUGCGAAGGAAUGUAGUGGUGGUUGAAGAUGAACUUGCCGCAUCUCAACCAGAAACCAAAACAAGUUGUUGUGGUACAACCUGAGUCAAUAACCAACAUGUUCCAUCGUAACAGCUACAUUUAUAUUCGAGCUUGCUUUCAAUUUGUGAUAACUAAAGUAUUCUGAUUAUUCCAUUUUUUAAAUAUAGAUUCUACAAUUUUUAUUUUAAACAAGAAGUUUUUGCCAGAGACACAUCAUGGUUGUUACGGUUUUUGUAAAUAAAAACAUAGCAAUGCUACUCUCAUUAAGGAAUUAUUUAAAUAUCAGGGACGUUAACAAAUUGAAGUGAACUCAAUCAAUAACGGUUGAAACAGGAUAUUUUAUUUUUUAUCGAUUGUGCAAUUAUUGUUUUUUGUAACUUCCUUAACUACUAUGUCUUAUACCAUAAUUUGUGAGAUUUGUAAAUAUAAGUAUAAUUUAUCAAACUAUA